AUGGCGUCCACAGAAAGCAUCCUCCAGGGCGUCACCGUCCUCGGCAAGGUUGACGAGUCCCACCGCAAGAUCCUCACUCCUCCGGCCUUGGCCUUCCUCGCUCUCUUACAUCGCUCCUUCAACACCACCCGCAAGAAUCUUCUUGAGCGCCGCAAGCUGCGCCAGGCCGAGCUGGACCGUGGUGUUCUCCCCGAUUUCUUGCCCGAGACUAAGCACAUCCGUGAGAAUCCCACAUGGAAGGGUGCGCCCCCUGCGCCUGGUCUGGUCGACCGACGCGUUGAGAUCACUGGCCCGACUGAUCGCAAGAUGGUUGUGAACGCUUUGAACUCUGAUGUCUGGACGUACAUGGCCGACUUUGAAGACUCUAGUGCCCCUACAUGGGACAACAUGAUCAAUGGCCAAGUCAACCUGUACGACGCCGUCCGUCGUCAAGUUGACUUCAAGCAAGGUUCCAAGGAGUACAAGCUUCGCACCGAUCGCAAGCUCCCCACCCUGAUUGUCCGCCCCCGAGGCUGGCACCUCGAGGAGAAGCACUUCCUCGUUGACGGCGAGCCCAUCUCCGGCAGUCUCUUCGACUUUGGUCUGUACUUCUUCCACAACGCCGUUGAGGCGCAGAAGCGAGGCUUUGGACCUUACUUCUACCUGCCCAAGAUGGAGAGCCACCUCGAGGCCCGCCUGUGGAACGACGCCUUCAACUUGGCUCAGGACUACAUCGCCAUUCCCCGCGGCACCAUCCGAGGAACCGUCUUGAUCGAGACCAUCCUGGCUGCGUUUGAGAUGGACGAGAUCAUCUACGAGCUCCGUGAUCACAGCUCCGGCCUCAACUGCGGCCGAUGGGACUACAUCUUCAGCACCAUCAAGAAGUUCCGCAACAACCCCAACUUUGUCCUGCCAGACCGAUCCGCCGUCACAAUGACCGUCCCCUUCAUGGAUGCCUACGUCAAGCUUCUCAUCCAGACCUGCCACAAGCGCGGCGUCCACGCCAUGGGUGGUAUGGCCGCCCAGAUCCCCAUCAAGGACGACAAGGAGGCAAACGACAAGGCCAUGGAGAACGUCCGCGCCGACAAGCUGCGCGAGGUCAGAGCCGGCCACGACGGCACAUGGGUUGCUCACCCCGCUCUUGCCAAUAUUGCCACUGAGAUCUUCAACAAGUAUAUGCCUACUCCUAACCAGCUCUUUAUCCGCCGGGAGGAAGUCAAGAUUAGCCAGAACGACUUGCUCAACAUGAACGUCCCUGGCAGCAUUACCGAAGAGGGCAUCAAGAAGAAUCUCAACAUUGGUCUAGGUUACAUGGAGGCCUGGAUCCGAGGAGUCGGUUGCGUCCCCAUCAACUAUCUGAUGGAGGAUGCUGCCACUGCCGAAGUCUCUCGAAGCCAGCUCUGGCAAUGGGUCAAGCACGGCGUCUCUACCGCCGAUGGCAAGCGUGUCGACAAGGCCUAUGCCCUCAGACUCUUGAAGGAGUGCGCCGAUGGCCUUGCCUCAAAGGCUCCCCAGGGCAACAAGUUCCAUCUUGCUGCGCAGUACUUUGCUGGACAGGUCACUGGCGAAGACUAUGCUGAUUUCUUGACAACUCUCCUGUAUGAUGAGAUUACAAAACCUGGAUCUCCCUCGCCAGCCUCGAAGCUGUAA